AUGGAGCACCCGGACAUCCCUAGCCCUGAUUCAGACGGCUCGGGCUCCUCUGAUGACUACCCUCCCCAAUAUCCCAGAACAAAUUCGAACUUCGAGACCGAAGGGCAAAUCCAGACGCCUGCCACUACAAUCACCUCCUCCCCUCCAACCCAUUCACCUGGCCUUACCCCAUGGACUGCUACACCGUCAUUACGACCGCGCGGAUCUAGUGUCGGGGCUGCCACCAUCCUCGAAAACCCCGAUGGCCUUGCCAUGGCCAGCGACCCGCGAGUGCAACGCCCGUCCGCCCCAGUAAGGACACCCUCGAAUACCUAUGCCCCCCAGCGACGACCACCCAAGUAUAUCAGCCUCCAGGAAGAUCGACAAAGGACCCCAUCAGCGAAACGAGGUACUCGACGCGACCCGAACGCGCAAUACCGAGCUCAAGAGAAAGCUUACGUCCAGCGAAUCCGGGCAAAUCCACAAGCCUGGUAUCACCACUUCAAAGACGCACAGUCAAACAGCAUGAUCGAAGGUGAUGCCGACCUAGAGGAUCCCUCCCCGUCGUCCGAAGUCGCUUUCGAUGAUGAUUCCUACGAUCCCGAUACUCAACUUUUCCUCCCGGACGACAAUCUGCCGACGACCGAGGAGCUCAAGCACCCCAAGAACCAGGAGCGGCUGGAGUGGCACUCUAUGCUGGCUUCAGUCUUGAAGGGUGAUGUGGUCAAGCAAGAGAAGAUGCGACUUAACGGGUCGGCGGAAUCAAAACGGUCGGCGGCGCAGAGCUACGCCCUCUGGAUCGGCGUACGAGCAAGGACGUGCGGGCGAAGCAUUCCUCUGCAGCGAAAGUUGAUUGAAGAUGCCCGCUCCCAUCUCGGUCCGAUAAUUGAAGAUGUUAUUGGGUUCCAAAUCAAAGGCGAAACCGAGAUUGGAAAACCACCCAGACAACAAGUCGAAGACAUUGUGGAAAAGGUUGAAAAGUGUGAAGUUCUUUACUCUUCGUCCAAAGAGAUGGAAAUCGCAAACCCUCGUGUUGCCUCUGAAGAGUUUAUCUCCAGCCGGGCUGCCAUCUUCUCAUGGCACAACAUCACGGCUCUCAUCAACACCGAGCUGGCUGUACUGCAAGGUUGGGUUGGCAACGAAGCCCUCAACUUCAGCGAACCAAGAGUCAAAUCUGCGAAGAACGAUCUCUCUGACGGCUCUUCAUUCCUUGAUCGUAUCAUGAAAGAGGACGGUCUAAAGACGCUCCAAGACAAGGACGGCAUGCUUCUUAGCAUUCUUGCCGUGGUUCAUAAAGCCAAGAGUACUCUUAUUGAGAACGCCGAAGCGUUCGCUGCGCGCCAUCUGCCUCCAUAUAUCGAGGAACUGCUGACCCUGAUCAACUUCCCAUCUCGGUUGAUCCAGGAGAUCAUCCGCGUCCGUCUGUCCUAUGCCAGGAACAUGAAGGACCCGGCCUCGCAGGCCCCUAUUCUCAUUGAUCAGAUGAUAUCCCAAUUCCAAAUUCUUAUGAAAGUGUCAGUGGACAUCAAAUUCCGCUAUCUCGAUGUUUCCAGACCGGAACCAGGCUGGGAUCUACCGCCUUGUGUCGAUGAGAACUUCGACAAUUCAGUUCUAGAUGCCAUGAAGUAUUACUUCCGGCUUCUGAAUUGGAAGCUGAAUGCCAACAAGAACACCUUCAAGGAAGCCGAGAUUCUGGAGCAGGAAUGGGGUUACUCAUAUGAUAUUGGCCGCCGCCUUGAGGGUGGUGAUAUCGAGGUGGCUGAGCAGUUCAGUGCCCUGACUGCCAGGUCCCUCCAGCGACUCAUGAUUCAUUUCGAGCGUGAGCUCGUUCCACGGCCCAAGGAAACUGUACAGGAUAUGGACAAGCGAUACAAGAGUAUUCUUGAUUCCACUCGCAUUCGUCAACGCAAGCUAUACCGGUUCUCCAAAUUUUUGUGUCAGUUGUUCGAAAACGCGACCGAAUACAACCUUACUGUCGACGUUGCGUAUGAUUUCUUCGAAGCUCUUCUCAUCUCCGACCACUUCCUCGUCACCUCGCCUGUAUCGUCCGGGCAGAAGGGGGUUUACCUGAUCGCACAUCGUGCGUUGUGGAAUCGACCUGCCGACAUCCAGGCUAUUCUUUCUACCUCUUUCAAAGAGGACGACACCAUCCUAGACGGUCAUGUUCCUUAUGUUCUUGCCAUUCGGCCUGAAAGACCUCUGGCCUGGGCUGGUAAGGUCAUGGAAGUGGGCUUCCUGGAGCACCCAACCGAUGUGAGACUGGGCAAACUACGCCUGGUGGUGGGCGGCAUGCAGGAACGGCUGCAAAAUGCUCGCAUGGAACUUACAGUUCUCACGGGCAUUCAACUUGACAUGGUCAUUGAGCAACGUGCAAACCUUGGUCGCGUCAACGUUGAGUUAAAUAAGAUCAAGAAGAUUUCUUUCAAGCUAUCCAUGACCAUCAUGGACAGCGUCUCCAUCAUCAAAGACCAGUUGCGCGAAAGACAAUGGGAAAAUUUCGACUUGAUUCAAGCCUGUUAUUCAUUCGCAACAGAAUUUGGCAAACGUUCAUCCAACUACGUUGAUGCUAAUAGACGUGCUAUGAACAGUGCCCGGCUAGUGGAGUUGGCUUUGGAUUGGGUUUCAUUCAUUUGUGACGAAUGUGAUGCUGCAGACCGCAAGACUUUCAAGUGGGCUGUGGCCGCUCUCGAGUUCGCAAUGGCGAUCACCUCUAGUCGGCAUUUGCUAUCCAUGGACCAAGACCAGUACAGCCAAUUCCGAUUGAAAGUCGCUGGCUGCAUGUCUCUCCUCAUCUCCCAUUUCGAUAUCAUGGGCGCUCGGUCUUCGCUUGCUGCCAAGAACGAGAAGCGCAUGGAAGAGCGCAAUGGAGUUCGACAAAUUGGUGCCGGUCGGAUCAUCAGUGAUGAAGAAGCAUCACAGCUCGUGCGUGACACUUGGCACGCACGUGUCACGGAGAUUGAAGAUAGGAGAAUUGAAGAAGACGCGAAGCGCCAGGCUCUCGGAAAGGUCUUGGAAGGCUCUGAUGAGGCGGACCGAUCGCUCACUGUGCUAUCCUCAUCUGCUACCAACGUUACUCUGCGUUGGCAACAAGGUCAAUUCAUUGGAGGUGGUACCUUUGGUUCGGUAUACGUGGCCAUCAAUCUGGACAGCAACUACCUGAUGGCCGUGAAAGAAAUUCGCCUGCAAGAUCCCCAGCUCAUUCCUAAGAUCGCCCAGCAGAUCCGAGACGAGAUGGGUGUGCUCGAAGUCCUUGACCACCCGAACAUUGUAUCCUACCAUGGCAUCGAGGUUCACCGUGACAAGGUUUACAUUUUCAUGGAAUACUGCUCGGGUGGCUCACUUGCCAGCUUGUUGGAGCACGGUCGCAUUGAAGAUGAGACGGUGAUCAUGGUGUAUGCGCUCCAGCUCCUGGAGGGUCUGGCAUACCUUCAUGAAGCUCAUAUUGUUCAUCGUGACAUCAAGCCCGAGAACAUUCUUUUGGAUCACAACGGUGUCAUCAAAUACGUCGAUUUCGGUGCCGCUAAGAUCAUCGCUCGCACGGGUCGCACUAUUGCCCCCGUGGACAACCCCGGAAACCCCAACUUCAAGGAUCCAGCCAAUAAGGACGCAAACGCCCGCGGCAAGAACCAGAAGACCACGACUGGAACCCCAAUGUACAUGUCACCGGAAGUCAUUCGGGGUGACGCUGCCAAACUGGCCAACAAACAAGGAGCGGUGGACAUCUGGUCAUUGGGCUGUGUGAUUCUCGAAAUGGCCACUGGUCGCCGACCCUGGUCCACUCUAGACAACGAAUGGGCCAUCAUGUACAACAUCGCUCAGGGCAAGCAACCUGCGCUCCCAUCCCGCGACCAACUCAGUGAUCUGGGCAUUGACUUUGUGCGCCGCUGUUUCGAAUGCGAUCCCGCCCGUCGCGCCACUGCCGCCGAAUUGCUCCAGCACGAGUGGAUUGUCUCCAUUCGCCAGCAGGUCGUCUUGGAACCCCCGACCCCGGGCAGCGACUACAGCAGCAGUUCUGGAUCCGGCACCACCACUCGCCAAAAUUCUGCAUAUAUGUGA